AUGGAGAGGGACGACCCUUACCUAUUUGAAUUUGAUUUUGAAGUAGAAAGACAGUUUUUCACAACCCACCAGGAACCUGAAGAAUUUGCUGAUAUUGAGUGGUUUUGCGACUCGAAACCCUUCUUUGGAGAAUGCGAUUAUCCCGAUGAUUACAAACCUGCAAAAUUUGGUUUGGUCUUCAUCCCUGACAAGGAUGUUGGUUCUACUUCUUCUAAUCCUCCUCCUGCUCCGGUACGCCGCAACGACUACAAGGCAGCUGGUAGUACACCAACGUUUCAUUCUAAAGCAACAAUUUCUACUGAAGGGGUACUUCGAUCGCAUUCAAAGACUUCUGAUACUACCACAAUUUCUUCUACUGGCCGGGAACCUCUCGAUCUUCCAAAGAUUGCUGAGACUACAGCAAAUUUGCUAGCCAGCAAUGCUGGUUCUACUUCUUCUAAUCCUCCUGCUCCGGUACGCCGCAACGACUCCAAGGCAACUGGUAGGACACCAACAUUUCCUUCUAAAGCAACAAUUUCUACUGAACGGGUACUUCGGUCUCAUUCAAAGGCUUCUGAUACUACCCCAAUUUCUUCAACUGGUCGGGUACCUCUCGAACUUCCAAAGACUGGUGAGAUUACAGCAAAUUUGCUAGCCAACACCUCUGAGCCUACUAUUGUGCAAAACUCGAGGAAAACUGGUGUGGAUCCACAAACCCAGACUCAGUCAGAGCAACAACAAACUGCAGUCACUAGAGCGGCAAGCAUCAGAUCAUUGUUGUUAAGAGUGACUGAAGCUGAAAAUAAGUGCGACCAGAACUACGAGAUCAUGAAGCGUCAGAUCAAGACUAAUCGCAACUCAACAAAGAAGUUGUUGAUGGAGAUACGGACUGGAGUCAAGGAGCUGUUGUGAGGUGCGAAAGGUCAUACACUUAUGCUUGAUGGAGGGAGUAGCCAGUAUUGCGAAGUCAGAGAAGCAGAAGUGUCCAUUUACUGUUGGACUUGUGAAAAGAACUUAGAUGCUAAGUUGUGAAAAAGUUUGAGUACAAAGAAAAACCCCACUGUUCCAUAUAUUACCCCCCACCCUUACUGAUAACUAUAUAUUGUUUUUGAGACCGUUCCACAUGACUGUCCAUCGACUUAUCACUGAGGUGUCUGUUCUUAGUGUUGUCAAUACGUUAAUUGCUAAUUAGACAUCCGUGUUUGUUA